AUGCCGAUGUGGAACCCCGCAGAACACCGCACGGAGGGACACACGGCGCCGAUAAGAACGAUCACGGUCAACACAAUCCGGAGGAAGACAUCAACACUAUCAGCAUCAGCAGAUUUCUACGAGUCGAACAAGCCCCGAAUCACCUACCCCUGGGCGAGAGCUGCUGCCUCACUGCCAGCCGCUCGCUGUCCGUCCCUAGCAGGCGUCGCCUGCAUGCGAACAAAAUACGUACCUCCCGAGGACCCGGCUGGGACUUGCAUGUCCCUGGGUGCUACCAACGAGAGACUGCGCGCGCUGCGUUUCACCCUCCUUCUCGCCGUGGAGCCAUUGGCGUCACUGAACGAUGAUGAGAUUUUCUCCUCAUUUGCCCAUCGUGGAAUGGUAUGCACUUGUGCCCACCAUGUGCCUGCUCAUCUGCGACUGCUGGUUGGCUCUGGAAGGGUCAUGUUGCACUCCGAACGCCAUGCCAUGCAGUACUUUGCCUCAUUGUUCCUGACCGGCAUCGCGCUGUGUUGA